ACAAGAUCAAAUGUUCAUAAAGCCGACACACAAGUCAGUAUUGUAAAAUUCGGUGUUAAAAUUAAACAAAUCAAACCGAAUUUGGAUUAAUUGUGAUGCAAAAUGGAUAUCAAUCAAAUUAAUAUUGAAAUUGGCGUUUUUUUAAAACGAUUGCGCAUGUAUUCGGAUCGAAAAAAUGUUCAAAUCAAUGACAAAACCGCUGAACUCCUGCUGGAUGUCGUUGUGAGUGUCGACAAAUUGAUUGCAAAUGCUGAAAUGAUUCCAAAGACUGGCGAUGACAACACAAAAUUCAUCUUCGAUUUGAACGAUCAACAAUUUGAUCUACGACAGUAUAUCAUGUGCCGUCUAUGUGUUGAACAAAUUGGAAUGUCAAAAGAUGAUCUCGAUUCACAUUUGCAACGGAAUGCCAAUGUACAUAAACCACAGCCGAUAGCGAAAUUGCCGGGCAGCGAAGUAAAAAGAAGCAAAGCUCCAGCAGAAAAUGGACAGUCUCAUGUCAAAUUGAACCAUGUAAAUGGAAUUCCAACAGUUGGCGACGCAGACAAAGACUCUGAUUCCGAUGAUACUUUCACGUCAGCUUCAGUUGUUGAACAACGGGGAGAGACUAAAAGAAAGAAAGAAUCCGUUCCAUUUAAUCGUGACUCGACCUGGUUAAUUCACGUUUCGGGAUUCCCUUGGGUUGCAACGAAAGACGAGAUUCUCGCAUUUUUCAAUGAUGUCAGUGUUCUGAACGGUGUGGAUGGAAUUCAUUUCAUAAUCAACGAAACCAAAAACAAAUCCAACGAAGCAUUCAUUCAAUUGUCAAGUGACAAAGAUGUUCAAUUGGCAAAAAAACGUAAAAUGAUCAUAUCACGGUGUGUUAUGUCGAAUUUGCUAAACAUUUCACUACAACCGUCAAGCACUCAAUUUUCGCAAUUGCUAACGAAAAAAACUUAUCCAUUAGAGCAACGAGUGUUGCGAAUCGAACAGUUACCAUCCAAUUCAUCUUCUGAUGACAUCAAACAGUAUUUUAAUGGUCGAUCAAUUUCAAGUAUCCACUUCGUAUAUACAAUGAAGCAAAGGUACGAAUUGGCGAGGCAUUCGUUGUAUUUAAAGAUGUGGACGAAGUUGAAUUGGCAUUGAGCAAUGUGGAUCGCAAAAAGAUUCGCGGUGUCUACGUCAAAAUAUUUCGAAGUUCGAUUGAGCAAUUUCAGUACUAUUGUAAGGCUCCGGGAUCAGAUAGUGCUUCCGAAGCUGCUUCGAAUACCUCACCAAUUCUAUAUCGCAUCAAUUCAGUGCCGAAUUUGAGUCCAAUGAAGAAGAUUCACAGCUCAACAAUCAGUUUGAAGACCGACAUUGAAUCAUUCAAAGUUUGUAUUUGCGGUAUACCAUGGACAGCGCAAAAAGCCGAUGUCGCAUCAUUUUUUCAAGGCGUAAAUAUUGUCGGUGGCGUUGAUAGCAUUGAAAUAAAGAGAAAGGUAGAAAGAGGGCCGUUGGAAGCCACGUUCAUAGUCAAUUCAAAGGAAGAUCUAAAGAAGGCAUUGUCACGCAAUCGAAAGAGCUUCAAUUCCAGGACAGUAUAUGUGUCAUAUAUGUAAUCAAAAAAACUCGAGAGAACGUCAAUUUCAAAACGAUUGCCAACAAUGGGUAACAAACAACGUUUCUAUUUAUAAUGUUGAAUUAAGAAGAGCCAAACCGAACCAUGUGUUUAAAAGGCGACCAUUUUAAUAAGCUAUAGUUUAAUUGAUUGAAAUCUUUUAUAUUUUUUAUAUAUCUAUCCAAAUAUCAUCUAUCUAUCUAUAAAAAAA